AUGUUACGACUGGCGAGACACGGGAGCAGAGCGCUAAACAACCCAUUUGUAUGCACAUCAUGCCGUGUGCUUAUCGCACGAAGCGGCGCGGGGCUGCCCACUCCAGCGGCCCGCCUCUGCGAAGCACGCCACGCUUCCUCGGCGUCGUCACCUGGAUCGUCUGAAUCACCUGAAGAAACUCAAUCAGAACCCGGCGCAACUGAGAAGUCUCAGGACUCGGAUACUUCUGGACGAGUCCUCUCUCAGCUCAGGCAAGCCCUCCGACAAUCCCUGAAAGAUGAGUCCGCAACGGGUGGUUCGAAAGCUGCACCGAGUGCAAAAGCAGCCAAGUCGAAAAAGAAGAAGAAAUCGGCCGUAGCGGGAGAAGAAGCCUCCGUGGCGGGACAGAAAAAGGGGACGUCUUCUAAAAAGGAGGCAAGAACACCAGCAAAGAAAAAGAAGUCUUCAGCCAAGAAACAGGAGAUGUUGGGAAAAGCGCAGGAUGAACCAGAAGAAGCAGAAACCGAAGGCGUAGAACUGGAAGAAGGGGGAGUAGAAGAGGCAGAAGACAUCACGCCGUUUGGAAGACCGGCUUUCAAGAAAGUGGCAGCCAAGUCCGCCCGCCUCCUCAAAAACACCAAAGAAAACACCAAAGCCCCGAAGGCUUCCAAAGCCACGGCCACUAAAUCCUCCAAGGAACCCAAAACAUCCAAAGCAACAAAAAAGAAGGUUCCCGAAUUCGUCGUCAACCAUGUCGACGCAGCUGACCUCCCCAUGACUCCGGUUGACAAAACAAAGCCGGUGGUCCCCAAUCUGGCUUAUGGGCUGGACCGUGUGCUCUUUAACCCCGGCGUCUAUCGAAUCCAGGAUCCUCGUUCCCGCGUCUUCAACUUCGACCCUUACCUCGAGCGUAUCAUGCCUGUCAAGGAGUUCGAUUUCAACGCUCUCAAGCCGUACACUACAUCAUCUAAAGAUACCACUCUCAUUCAAUAUGCCGCUGAACACGGGGCCAAGUACACUGGCUCGACCUCGAGCAUGACCUCUACCCUCGCCCACUUUCACUUCCUCCUCUCGGCCUGGCGCCCCAUUAACCCCUCGAUGAUGUCCAGGGAUUUUGAGGUUGACUCGUUCCGCUUCAGCCGCAUCAUGCGCGCGCCCGCCGCCGCCUUCUUGCACUGGAAGGAUGGGGUGUAUGCUAUCGAUGCCGACAAGGAGUUUGACUCCGGGAACAUUCUCAGCAUGCUCGGCAAGUCCAUGGAGAAGUUUUUGACCAUGCCUAAGGAGGAGUUUGAGAAAUAUCGCCGGAUCAAUUCUGACCAGUUAACUGAGGAGGAGCGGAACAGCCCGGAGUCCUUCCACUACACCGCAUUGGGAGAUUUCUUGAUGCGCUCUCAGCUUGACGCCCACGACCACAGGUUGCCCGGGACCGGUAUGUUUGAUCUCAAGACGAGAGCUGUCAUUUCCAUUCGCAUGGAUGCCCAUGACUAUAAAAAGGGCCUGGGUUAUGAGAUUCGCAACCUCUUGGGCAACUGGGAGUCGUUUGAGCGCGAGUAUUACGACAUGAUCCGUUCCGCAUUUUUGAAGUACUCGCUGCAGGUCCGCAUGGGGCGCAUGGACGGAAUUUUCGUUGCGUACCACAAUACUGAGCGACUCUUUGGCUUCCAAUACGUUCCCCUCUCUGAGCUCGAUGUCUCCCUUCACGGCCAGUCGGUGACAGCUCUCGGUGAUCGCGAGUUCAAGCUAAGCUUGCACCUGCUGAACAAGGUCCUUGACAGGGUCACAGCCAAAUAUCCCGGCCAAACCCUGCGCCUGCAUUUCGAGGCCAGAGGGGAGGGGUCAGCCCGGGCGGCUCCUUUCAUGUACAUUUUCGCCAAGCCUGUGACACCGGCCGAGGUCGAAAGUAUCCAAGGAGCCACAAGUGCCAAGAUCGCGGAAUUUGAACGCGAGAUGAUGGGUAUCGUCCGGGAAGGGGAGCGUGCCCUAGACAACGAGGAUGGAGAAGUGGACGAAGGCCUCGAUAAUACCGAUGAGACCGACAGCAGAGAGGCGAUAGGCUCCGCCUCCGCCACAUGGGAUGAGGUUAUGCUCAAGGUGGAGGAUGAGCUGGAAGACGAAGAGCACGGCGAUACUUAUGUCCGGGAGGCUAUCGAAGACGCCCUUAAGGAGUGUGGGCUUCUUCAAUCUUCAUCCCACGAGGAGAACCAGCGCCACGUUGAUGCCUUCCUGGGUGCGCUUACUGACAACAACAGUCGGGACGCUUUGGAAGAAGAGGUCGAAUCUUCUGAGGCCGCCGAGCCCAAGGCCAGUGAAAGUGAAGCCCAGGAGGCGGAGGAAACUGUGAGCGUGGAGGAGGGCACCGAAAUUGAGGGGCUCAAGGGGUCCGAAGGGGCCAAAGAGAUCUCAGAGGCCGAGGAAGCUGAAGAGACUGCCGAAGCGGUGGAGGAAAGGGAAGUGGAGGAGACCGAGGAGUCCGAAGAGGAGGAGCAGGAAGAGGAUGACGCUGCGGAGUCGCCCACUGCGGAAGACUCAUCCGCCGAAGAGCCCACUUUGAAGGACCUCAUUGUCAAGUUGGCCGCGAGGAUUCGGGCCGUCCCAGACAAACAACGUGCUCCCGCACCCGAAGAUGAAGAGGUUAUCGGCGAGGACGUCCCCAAGUAUGUCCUCAAGCUCCGUAAGAUCGAGCAGAUCCUGUCUGAGCUUGAGGAGCAGCCGCGCGAAGGGGAUAGCGUUGUUGUCGACACCGGCUCUUUUGUGGUUCGCGGGGAACCGGUAGACGAUUCGGUCGGGGCGGACCAGCCGGCCGAACCCGCUGCCGAGGCGGUUGAAUCAGCCGGCUUUGUUACUGAUGCCGCGGAGUCUCUUGAAGCUGCCGAGGAAGCCAAGGACGAAUCUACCCUCAACACGCUCGCUGCCGCCCAGGACUCGGCCGAGACCGGCGAGAUCUUCGGACUGACCCUGACGGCACGCAACCUCGUGAACGACACGUAUGUGACGCGGCCAGAGAAUCUCAAGGAGAGCGACUCGUGGAAGGUAGAAUACACCAUCGAGGAGAUCAAGCCGGAGCGCGCCAAGGCGCUCUACAGCAUGGUUCUCAAGCGCCGCCGCGAUAACCUCGCUCGCGGCCGUAGCUUCCGCCGCGCGGAGGACGAAGUCCUGAGCACCACCCCCGUGCACGUUUACGGGCAGAAGGGCCCUGUGUCGUAUCACGAGGCGGCGGGCGUGGCCAAGGGGGAGUUCGAGUGGCCUGUUGACGAGAUUGAGCCUGGGUUUGAGGUCGAGGAAGGGGGCUUGACCCCGAAGAAGGCUAGGAAGAAGGCCGAAAAGAUCGAGAAGAACGUCUUCGCCGAGGUUCGGGAUGAAGGCGAUGAGCUCGAUAUUAUAGAUGAGGAUACGAUUGAGGACGAGAUUCAAGAGGGUGAUGAGUUUGAAGAUGAGUUCGAGGAUGAGGUCGAGGAAGGGGAAGUGGAAGGAGAGGAGAUCGAGGUUGAGGACAAGGACAAGCUUAAGACAGAGCUUAAAGGGGCCUCCAACAAGAAGCCUACUGGGUAUUUAGGCAAGAAAAAACUCAGUGCGUCGAAGCAGAUGACGAAGGCGAAGACGAAGGCGAAGAAGCAGGCAAUAAAGGCCAGGGCAAAGGAAAAGUCGGAGAUUGCCAAGGCGAGGCGGUUGAUGAAAAAGAAAGAGAAAGAGCAAGCCCAGAAGGCAUAA